AAGAAAUUUAUGGAGUUUUUCGACUCCUUAAAAGAACAAACUCGAUACAGUAUUAUUGAUACGUCAUCAUCUAAUUGGCUCAAAGAUCCAAUCGGAAAGAUCGAUGUUUCGAUUGUGGAUGGAUCACAAGUUCUUUGGGCUCAUCUUGUAUCCGCGAUUGAGAUUAAAUAUUCAUUAUAUAAUACUACCCUAUAUCAUGAGGCUGUUGGACAAUUGGUGGAUCGAUUUCAAACAGUUUUUCAAAUGCAACCUGGCCGACCAUUUAUUAUCGGUGCUGUUUGUUGUGACAAGCUCGUAGAAUUCAUAUAUACUAAUUCAGAACUUCAACUUAAGCGAUCAGGCUUAAUGGAACUCAAUAUUACAAAACCAACAGGAAUACAAAUGUUGUUAAAUCUGAUUAGUUCAAAUCCACACCAACUCGGCUAUUCUCCACCUGAAGAUCACAAAAUGUUAAUCAGUACUACGGGCUUUACAUACAAAAGCCUUCUUCGACGAGCGGAUAAUGGACGGGGAAAGCUUGUUCUCUUUGGCUCUAUAAAUUCAAAAAAAGCUAUUUUUAAGGCUUCUAAUAACCUCAAUAAUGAACUUAAAAUGCUCGGAAUACUUAAAGACUGCAAAUAUGUUCUCCAAGUCGUUAAAGAAGGAUUUCUUUCGGAUGGCAGAAUGUUUAUGGUGAUAACACCGGCUGGAGUACAUCUCGAAGCUAAAAAGCAUGGCUUGAAAGGGACUUUAAAGGCUUUGCGAGAUGUUGCAAAAGCUUUGAAGUUUUCAUAUGAUCGUCACAUUUUUCAUCGUGAUGUUUCGUAUUUAAAUAUUAUUGUUUACGAAAAACAAGGUUAUCUUAUUGAUUGGGGUGUGGCAUCGACUGUUUCUGAACUAAUAAGCGCACCAUUGACUGGAACUUAUCUCUUUUCUUCUUUUCCGGUUCUCAUGAGCUUUAAAACCGGAAAACCUCACACGUAUUCAGCUAUUGAUGAAAUCGAAUCUUUAUUCUAUGUAUUUAUGUACAUAGCUUGUGAUGGAAUUGUCAGUUGGAAAAAGCAUUCGGAUUUAUCAACAAUCAUCGCAAUAAAGUACAAUGUUAUGUUCUGUCCACAGGAAUUUAAUAGACACUUGGCCAACUAUGCUCAUAACGAAUUCCACAGACAUUUAUCAGCAUUUCAUAAAAUAAUUUUUCCAUAUGGUAACGAUCUUGAAAGCAGAGAAUUAUCGAUUGAGGAAAUCAUUGAAAUUUUCGAAAAUUGGAUAAAUGAACUUUAA